UCAAUUUUCUUUUUAAAAGAGAAAAUUCUAGAACCAGCUCUUUUCGCUCUGUGUCCUUUGCCCUAUAAGGCUAAUCACCAUCUUCCCUUUCGAAUCUUGUUGCUCCCUUAUCCCAUCUGCAAAUAAUCGAUUUAUUUUGCCAAUUUCCUUGAGAAAGUUCAAACCUUUGGUGCUUUCCCUUUUCAGAGUAUGGCAUCGAAACGGAUCUUGAAGGAGCUCAAGGAUUUGCAGAAAGAUCCUCCUACCUCUUGCAGCGCUGGUCCUGUCGCUGAGGACAUGUUCCAUUGGCAAGCUACCAUCAUGGGACCUGCUGAUAGCCCUUAUGCAGGAGGUGUAUUUCUAGUUUCUAUUCAUUUCCCCCCUGAUUAUCCAUUUAAGCCCCCAAAGGUUGCAUUUAGGACUAAAGUGUUCCACCCAAAUAUCAACAGCAAUGGAAGCAUAUGUCUGGAUAUACUUAAAGAACAGUGGAGCCCAGCGCUAACAAUUUCUAAGGUGCUGUUGUCCAUUUGCUCUUUGUUGACGGACCCAAACCCCGAUGAUCCACUUGUUCCGGAAAUUGCUCACAUGUACAAGACUGACCGGGCUAAGUAUGAAGCCACUGCACGCAGCUGGACACAGAAGUAUGCAAUGGGAUGAUGGCGAGCUAAAAACCCUUAGCAUCUAGAAGCAGUUGUGAAUCCAUGGAUUUCAUUAAGAAUGAAUCUCCUAUUUCUUUUGUUCGAGGACUCAAUGUUGGCAAGGAACAUUAUGGUCUUGUGAAUAUUAUUUGAAGACAUUGGAGAUUGGAAAACUGUAAUGUAAUGUUAUCAUGUUGUCAAGUGAAUGAUCUGCUUGUUGAUCUACAACUCCUAUGAUUGAUUAAGAAAAUAAUGUUUUGUGGGUA